GCCAGAUACUGUUGUCCACCGAGGGAGAACUGCUUCAUACGUCCGCCGCUACUGCUUGUUACUGGAAACUGAGAUCAUGCCAAAACGCAAACGCUUUGCUACAGAGGCCGCACUUGGCUACACCCACACUGAAGCCUAUUUCGGUCAUGAAGCUGAAGCUUAUGUUGAAGCUGGAUUUACAAGAGCAAAAGUUGAAGUCGAUGAAUUUAGUGUUGCAGCAAAUGCACUCAGUGCCUCAGUGAAAUCUAAAGAUACCUCAGCAGGAACCGAUGUCACGGCUAGAGCAAAAGUAGCAAGUGUGAAGGAAAAUAGAAACAAGCCAAAACGCAGACGCAUUGCGGAUGCCAGUGCUGCCUAUGUCCGUACUGAAGCCUAUGAUGGUGAUAAUGAAACUGAAGUUUAUGCUGAAACUGGACUUGGAAAAGCAAAAGUUGAAGCUGGUUUGUUUAAUGCUGGAUCCAAUUUAUUUAAACUCUCCGGUGAAUUUAAAGAUUCUCCGACAGAAGUCAGAGCCAUGACUAGACAAGAAAUAGGAGGUUUAUCGGCAGGUGUUGGCCCUCUGACGGUAAAAGUUGGUCGCAAUAUCGAUACUGGCUUCAAGCUAGGAAAUGAUGGAGCGGAACUCAAAAUCUUGGGUAAUGGGCUCAAGGUAGGAGAUGAUGGUGUGGAAGUCAGUCUCAUGGGUAAUGGGUUCACUUUCACAAAAGAUAGAAAGGGAGUCGAAGUCAUGGGUACUGGAGUUAAGGCAGGAAAGGAUGGAAUGGAACUAAAAGUUUUUGGUAUUGGGUUUGAAAUAAAAUUCUAACCCAGUGUCUCUGUUCUCUGUUCAGAAGACAAUUAUGUUGUUAUGUAGCAAAUGGUCAAGGAAAUGCCAGGCACUGUGAUUAUUAUAUGAACAUGGCCAAUUUAAUUUACUUAGCUUGUCCCAUUGUAAACCAGUCUGUGUCCAUAAUAAAUUCAGAUGAAAUUGGAAA